AGCAGGCGGCGGCCGCUGGGCUGCGGAGCGCCGUGACUCCCUCCCCGCCCGGAGCCCUAUGGCAGCUGCCGCCGCCGCCUCUUCCCUCCUGCCCGGCCGCCGCCGCCGCCGCGCCUCGGGCUGAGCCCGGCCGCUGGAUCUCGCCGCUGCUGUGAAACUCUCAGGAUCGUCAUGCCGGGACUUGGCUGCCUCUUCCUGACCUGCUGCUGGCCGGGGCCCCCGGGAUGCUAGGCAGCCCCCCCGGAGCCUCCUGCCCCCCAUCGCCCCGAGACCGUGUCGCUUCGGGGAGCCCCUGGCUGCUGCUGCCGCCGAGUUGAGUUAAGAAGUCAUGGUGCUUGGGGAAGUGCAGCGGCAGUGCAGCGGCGGCGGCUGGACACUUUGCGAUUGCUGUUGCUGGCUGCUGCUGCCGGUGAUGUUACUCAUCAUAGCCCGACCAGUGAAACUUGCCGCUUUCCCUACCUCCUUAAGUGACUGCCAAACGCCUACCGGCUGGAAUUGCUCUGGUUAUGAUGACAGAGAAAAUGAUCUCUUUCUUUGUGAUACCAAUACCUGUAAAUUUGAUGGGGAGUGUUUAAGAAUUGGAGACAGUGUGACUUGCGUCUGUCAGUUCAAGUGUAACAGCGACUAUGUGCCGGUGUGUGGCUCCAAUGGCGAUACCUAUCAGAACGAAUGCUACUUGAGACAGGCUGCCUGCAAGCAGCAGAGUGAAAUACUUGUGAUGUCGGAAGGAUCAUGUGCAACUGAUGCAGGCUCAGGAUCUGGGGAUGGAGUCAAUGAAGGCUCAGGAGAAACCAAUCAAAAAGAGACGUCCACUUGUGACAUUUGCCAGUUUGGGGCAGAGUGUGAUGAAGAUGCAGAGGAUGUUUGGUGUGUGUGCAACAUCGACUGUUCUCAAACCAACUUCAAUCCUCUUUGUGCUUCCGAUGGGAAAUCUUAUGAUAAUGCAUGUCAAAUCAAAGAAGCAUCGUGCCAGAAACAGGAGAAAAUUGAAGUCAUGUCUUUGGGUCGAUGUCAAGAUAACACAACUACUACCACAAAGUCUGAAGAUGGACAUUAUGCAAGAACGGAUUAUGCAGAGAAUGCAAAUAAACUGGAAGAAAGUGCCAGAGGGAUCUAUACUCCUUGUCCAGAACACUACAAUGGCUUCUGCAUGCAUGGGAAGUGCGAGCACUCUACUAAUAUGUUGGAACCAUCUUGCAGGUGUGAUGCAGGCUACACUGGACAACACUGUGAAAAAAAGGACUACAGCGUUUUAUAUGUGGUUCCAGGGCCAGUACGAUUUCAGUAUGUCUUAAUAGCAGCUGUGAUUGGAACCAUCCAGAUUGCUAUCAUCUGUGUUGUAGUCCUCUGCAUUACAAGAAAAUGUCCCAGGAGCAACAGAAUCCACAGACAGAAGCAAAACACAGGGCACUACAGUUCAGACAACACAACAAGAGCAUCGACCAGGUUAAUUUAAAGAGUGCAUGUUUCCACAAUGGCAAAUCUAACUGCAGAGAGCUUGGACUACAAAAUACAGUAUUAUAGACAAAAGAUUAAAACAAGAUCUACACAUGUUGCCUUGCAUUUGUGGUAAUCUACACCAAUGAAAACAUGUACUACAGCUAUAUUUGAUUAUGUAUGGAUAUAUUUGAAAUAGUAUACAUUGUCUUGAUGUUUUUCUGUAAUGUAAAUAAACUAUUUAUAUCACACAA